AUCAAUUAUUAAAUCUGAGAUCAAUGAUGUUUUGAAUAAACAAAUUUUUAUAUUAUUGAUUGAUAGUUGACAGCAACAAGGUUACUUAAAAUAUGGAGGAAAUAUUUUUUUUUGUUACAAUUGGUGAAAAAUAUUAAGAUGCUUGUCGAAAGUUUCAGUGAAUUUACUUUUUUAAUUAAACAAAAGUUUUAAUAAUAAUUCAUCAUAAUUAUUUACAAAUAAAUAAAAUAAAUUUUAUAAUAUUCGAGUUUAAAUAAAAGAAAAAUAAAUUAUAAUGUCUAAACAAGAAAUUUGCCGGCUUUGUGCCGAAUUAAAAGCUGAUUUAAUUAGCAUUCAUGACAAUGAGGGACUGAAGUUUGACUUAUCUGCAAAAAUAAAGAAACAUCUUGAUAUUGAGGUAAACAUUACUGAUGGUCUUUCGCAGUUCGUUUGUAUUGACUGUUGUGUUCUCUUGAACCAAUGCAGUGAUUUUUAUAAACAAUCAAAUAAAGCACAAGAUUCAUUAAGACAAUCAUUAAUUGGAUUGAAAGAUAAUAACAAUCAUUUUCCGCAUCAGUCUGUAAAUGUAAUUGAUUCUAGUACAGCAUCAAAGUAUGGAAAAAAAGAAAAAAUUCCAUUUCAAAAUAAAGUUACUGAAGAAAUGGAAAAAGAAUUAUCAAGUCAAAAAAAUGUUCCACAUACAAUGGAUAAUAAAAAUAAUGAGCCAAGUAAUUUUUCAAAUGAUAUCAAUUGCGAUAGUAAAUUAAUAAAAUGUGAGAAAAUUAAAUCAAAUUUAGAUAUUGAGCUUAAAAAAACUAGUGAGAAAAAUGUUGAACAGAAGAGAAGAGUAACUAAAAAUAAUAUUAAAAAAAUUGCAUCAUCUAGUUGUACAGAAGUUAAAAAUCAAGGUAAGGAGAAGAAUGUAUAUUUGAAAGAAGACAUCAAUGAUCAUAAUUAUGAUGGUAUUAAUCAUAAUUAUGAUGAUCUUGAUGAUGAUGAUGAUGAUGAUGAUGAUGAUGAUGAUGAUAAUAAUGAUGAUAUUGGGGAUAAUGACGGUGAUAGUUACGUAAAAGACAAGCGACUAAUAAAAAGAAAGCCAAAUGUUAAAAUUCCAGAUGACUAUAUGGCAGGAACAGAGUUGAUUGGAAGAGAAUUAAGGGCCAGUGGAAGUAGCGAUAGUUGUGAAAUAAGUGAUAUUAAAAUAAAUGAAUUGAAUUCAAAGAGUAUUAAAAAACAGCAAGAGAAAGAAACAAUAAGCUUAGAAAAAUAUCCAUGGCUAUGUACUGACUGUAAUGACAAACUUUCAAGUUUGGAGAUGCUUGAGAAGCACCAUAAAAUUGUCCACAAUCAGCAGCCCAAAUAUAUGUGCGUUCAAUGCUGUAAAGUAUACGAAAAGUAUUAUGGAUUUUUGACUCACAUAAAAAGACAUAAAAUAAAAUCAAAAUAUAAUUGCGAUGAAUGUGGCAAAUCAUUUACACAUAAAAAAGUAUUAGAGUCACAUAGGUCAGUUCACAGCGAGGAUCGUCCUUAUGUUUGUCAAACUUGUAACAAAUCAUUCAGACAACAGAGUGCGUUAUAUAUUCACAGUCGCUGUCAUUUGCCGGAUACUAUGAAAAAUAGAUACCCUUGUGAUCAAUGUGAUAAGAGAUUUUCAACAAAACCGAAUCUUGUUACGCACAAACGUAUUCAUUCUGGAGUAAGAAAUUUCACUUGUGAUCAAUGUGGAAAAAGUUUUAUACAAAAAGGUAAUUUAGAAGCUCAUUUUCUUACUCACUCUAAGGAUAAACCUUACAUAUGUACGCAGUGUCCGAAGGCAUUUAAGACGCCACUUCAAUUGAAGAAACAUGAAACUGUUCAUACUGGUGCUAAACCGCACCAAUGUACUAUUUGUGGUAGGACAUUUAGAGAAAAGGGGACUCUAAGAGAGCAUCAUAGAAUUCACACUGGUGCAAUGCCAUUUACUUGCGAAUUUUGCGGUAAAAGUUUUAGAUUCAAAGGAAUUUUAACGACCCAUCGCAGACAACAUACUGGAGAACGUCCUUAUUCUUGUUUAGAGUGUCAGCAUCAUUUUACUAACUGGCCUAAUUACAAUAAACAUAUGAAGAGAAGACAUGGAAUUAAUACUUCUCACACCAAACAUCUUCGACAACAACCUAGUAAUAAAAAUAAUAUUAAUAACAAUAAUAAUAAUAGUAAUAGUAAUAAUAACAAUGAAUCUGAAAACAACUCUGAAUCGUCGCUUCAACAUGAUGAUAUUAAUCAAAUGGAUAAUAAAAAAACUACUUUGACUUUUCAAACUACUUCAGCGCAACAGAAUACUAUUUCUACUGUUUCACCAAAUUCUAUGAUUCAAGUUAUUCAAACAGUUUCUCGUCAUAAUAGCUCUCCGCAGCCCAUUAUUGUUCAAGCAAUACCUUCAACAGCUUAUCAAGCUAAUCUGACAACAAAAGAGAAUAUUACUACUACUAAUAAUUCUAUUGUUACUACUACUACUACUGCUAAUACUACUAAUACUACUACUGCCACAGUAUUUAAGGACAAAGAUGGUCGAACUUAUUUUAACGGAGUUUCUGCGACACUUGAAACUUUUAUACCGACUCAUUUGCCGUACAAUAUUUAAGAAUAUUGUUUCAAUUGAGUCAGAUUUUACUAAUCUUAAGUAAAUAUUAAAUCGCAUUAGAAAAUGAUAAUUGCUUGUACCUAAAAUAGCGCUUAUUACUUAAAGUCGAUUGAUUUAUAUUUUUUUUAUAUAAUUGAAUCGGGAGAAGUAAUCACUGCAUUAAUAACUUGCUUAUUAUUAUGAUUAUCAUACAAUUAAUAUUGUAAUAUAUAAUCACAAAAAGA